UGGUAUGGUCAAUACCAGUCAAUACCAUAUGGUAUAGCUGGUAAUAACUGACAAAUUUUUUUUUAUGUCCAAAAAAUAUCAAAGUGGAUAUCAUUUUAAAGAGCACAAUUAAUCUGAUCUAACUGUACAAAAAAAAUUAAAUUUCGACUUAAAAUGAGUGAGAAAUUGUCCGUUAAAUAUUAAGAGAAGGAAAAUUAAAGGAUUUUCGAGGAGAAAGAAGGCGCUGAUGUGAUCAAGUCAAAAGUCAGCGUUAGCAAUAAAUAGAGAUAGGAGCAAUUUUACCUUAUUGUCCUUCCGUAUUUAAUUUAAAUAAAAAAGGGACUGACACGUGGCGACAAGAGAAGAGGUUACUGAUGGGUUACUGACCUGAUCUGGUCCCCAAUAAAUUAGGCAAAACUCAACGGCUAAAUAAGACAUUUGGCAUAAAGUUCACAUUCAAGAGAGACACUUUUGGUAAUUAGCCAGUGAGGUAGGGACUUCAGUUAGGAGUGCCGGAAACAGAGACGCAGAGAGAAAGAGAGCCCAACUGUCCAGCAUUUUGAGCAUUACGUUACUCCUCUUGUCGUUCUUGCAUUGCAAUUUGCAACAACACUGUAAAAAGCUGAGAACUUUACUAAUUUUUUUUAAUAAUAUUCCUCUCUAGACACCAUAGAAGCUCUCUCUCUCUCUCAUCCCCUCUCUGCAAAAUCAAUCAGUCUCAAUCGGGGAUUUUGGUCUAGGGUUUCACUCACACAGUCACACUCUCUCUUCUCGUCCCAUUCCCCAUAGCCGUUUCUCUUCUUCCCUCUGUGCUCUGUUCUCCUUCUGGGUUCUAAAAAGCAAUUGACUUUGAGCCAGCCAGCUCGCCCACCGACUCAGUCAACACGCUUGAUUAACCCAAACACCCCUGGCCUCUCUUGCUUUUUUCCUUAACUAGAGUGAGUUCCUUUUUUCCACAUCCGAUUCCAAUUAUUCUGCCUUAUCAUUCCCAACUUUUUUCUCAUCUACUUUCCCACCAAACUUUUAGCUCUCCCUUGGUUGUGGGUUUCCUCUCUCUGUGGGCUUGCCGAUUUGGGAUUGCUCUGUUUUUUCUGGUGUGAGUUUGGUGAAAUUGUUGGGGUAGGAGAAAGGGAGAAGGAAAGAAGGAGAAUCAUGAAGAUUUGCUCAAGUAAAGCUCCUGGUUGAUCCGAUAACGUGUUAAUCCAGCUGCCCAUCUCAUUUCCUAGCUCCCUUCCUAAUCCACCAUUAGUUUCCUCAGACAGUAAGCUCCCAAGUUAGUUUCUUUCUUUCCAUUCAGCUCGAAAUUUCCUGGAUUGGGGACUUUUCUUGUAGAUUUGGGGACCGGAAUGGCGGAAUCCGGGAAAGGCGCUUCCAGUGAUAAUGAUAAGAUUCAGAAUCUGAUAGCUGCGAGGAAGUCACUGAAGCUGAGCUUGGAGAAGUCUAAAUCACUGGGGCUUGCUCUAGGUAAAGCUGGGCCUAGAUUGGACGAGAUUAAUCAGCGGCUGCCUUCUCUAGAAGCUUCAGUGCGCCCAAUUCGUGCAGACAAAGACGCUCUUGUUGCUGUUGGAGGUCACAUUAAUCGUGCUGUGGGUCCUGCUGCUGCGGUGCUCAAGGUGUUUGAUGCAGUUCAUGGGCUGGAAAAAUCGCUGCUUUCGGAUCCUAGGAAUGAUCUGCCUGGUUAUUUGUCGGUGCUGAAGCGUUUGGAAGAGGCAUUGAAGUUUCUUGGGGAGAAUUGUGGUUUGGCAAUACAGUGGUUGGAGGAUAUAGUGGAGUAUUUGGAGGAUAAUUCGGUUGCUGAUGAGAAGUACCUCUCCAAUUUGAAGAAGAGUCUUAGGGAUUUGCAGAAUGAUGAUGAAAGGUCGCGUCUUGAUGGCGGGCUGCUGGAUGCCGCAUUGGAUAAGUUGGAAGGAGAGUUCAGGCGGCUGUUGGUGGACCACAGUGUUCCACUAGAAAUGUCAUCCUCAUCAGCUGGUGAACAGGCGGCGGCCAUUGCACCCUCGCCAUUGCCUGUAGCGGUAAUUCAGAAGUUGCAGGCAAUUCUUGGUAGGCUUAUUGCGAAUAACAGACUUGAGAAAUGCAUUUCCAUAUAUGUUGAAGUCCGUAGUUCAAAUGUUAGGUCUAGCUUGCAGGCGCUCGAUUUGGACUACCUUGAAAUUUCCAUAGCUGAGUUCAAUGAUGUGCAGAGCAUUGAGGGUUACAUUGCUCAAUGGGGCAAGCAUUUAGAGUUUGCCGUCAAGCAUUUGUUUGAAGCAGAGUACAAGCUUUGUAAUGAUGUCUUUGAGAGAAUAGGAUUAGAUGUGUGGAUGGGGUGCUUUGCUAAAAUUGCUGCUCAGGCUGGCAUUCUAGCAUUCUUACAAUUUGGGAAAACCGUUACAGAGAGUAAAAAUGAUCCCAUUAAGCUUCUCAAGUUGCUGGACAUUUUUGCAUCUCUCAACAAAUUGAGACUGGAUUUCAAUAGGCUCUUUGGUGGGGCAGCCUGCGCAGAGAUUCAAAACCUUACUAGGGAUCUCAUAAAGAGUGUUGUUGAUGGAGCAGCCGAGAUCUUCUGGGAGCUUCUGGUUCAGGUGGAAUUACAAAGGAAGAUUCCACCUCCACCUGAUGGAGGCGUUCCCAGACCAGUGAGCUUUGUAACCGAGUACUGUAACAAGCUUCUUGGGAAUGAUUACAAGCCUAUACUGACCCAUGUCCUGCAUAUUCACCGAAGUUGGAAGCAUCAGAAGUUCCAAGAUAAGCUUCUUAUUAAGGAGAUGUUGAGCAUAAUUAAGGCUAUCGAGCUCAAUUUGGAAACAUGGAUGAAGGCUUAUGAAGACAAUACCCUAUCCAACUUCUUUGCCAUGAAUAACCAUUAUCAUUUGUACAAGCAUUUGAAGGGGACACAACUUGGAGAAAUCUUGGGAGAUUCUUGGUUGAGAGAACAUGAACAAUACAAGGACUACUAUGCUGCAAUCUUCUUGAGAGACAGUUGGGGGAAGCUUCCUAGUCAUUUGAGCAGGGAGGGUUUGAUUCUAUUCUCAGGUGGGCGGGCCACUGCUCGAGACCUUGUCAAGAAAAGGCUGAAGACUUUCAAUGAAGCUUUUGAUGAGAUGUAUAACAAGCAGUCAAACUGGGUUGUGCCAGACCGAGAUCUGCGAGAGAAGACGAGCCAGCUGAUUGUGCAGUCCGUUGUGCCUGUUUACAGAAGCUAUAUGCAGAACUAUGGGCCUUUAGUUGAGCAGGAAGGAAGUUCCUCCAGUAAGUAUGCUAAAUACUCGGUGCAGGCUUUGGAGCAAAUGCUUAGCGCAUUGUUUCUACCUAAACCUGGGAGGUAUGGAAGCUUUAAAGUUUCCAGGAGGGUCAGUGACAAAUUCGAUAACGGGGUAGCGAGUCUUCAUCGUACUGCUUCUGCAAUCGUCUGAUUGUCAUCUGGUCACAUGUGUUGGUUUGUUUGGUUGUCCUCUCAAAUUCUAGACGAUCAACCCUUUUCUGUACAUAAGGGAUGGAGGUCCUUACAGGCCUUAAAUCAUGUCAUAUAAUCCUCUCCAGCAAAGUGGCUCCUCCGAGUGCUGCUGCCCAAGUUUUCCUCCAUCAGCUGAACUUCCAUAAUCAACCGAGAAAGUGUUCGCCUCUAAUGCCUGGAAGGAUUCUGGAAAGCUUUGUUGAUCUGAGCUGCGCCGGGCAUAUGCAAUAUGUUCCCUAUUAAUGGAACAGUAGAUAAUACUUGUGAGGUAUAGCUUUAUCUCAUUUUAUUACCCAUUGAUUCAAUAUUUGCCAUAACAUGGCUGCGUUAUAGCCUCUGUACUUGCUACCGUUUAGAUUGUCUAGCAGGGAUUAACUUAAACAUGUCACUUGAGCAGUAGUCAUUACACUGAGGUACCCUUUAAAGGGGUUUUUACCUAUUAAUGAUGGGAUGGAUGCUAGAGGCCUUAAGAUUCAGCCAUGAGUUUACUACUGAAAGCACUUUUCACAAUAAGAUGUCUUUCCAUUU